GCUGAAUAGCUGACAAGUUUUCUGAGAAGAGACCAUUUUGUACUUAGAGGAAGCACUUGCUCUCUUGGAUAUUCUUGCACCAUAACUCAGAAAUAAAAAGCAAAACGGUUUAACAAAAGAUCUGGGCAUUUCUUAGGCAAGUGGAUUAUUGAAUUUGCUGCAGGUAGCCAUAGGCAGAAAUUCUAUGGCUGCUUGUUUCAUUAAUACUACUGGCAUGAAAAUUCUGUAACUGCUUAGAAAAAAAGAGCUGAAAUGGAUUUACAAAACAUUCCCUAUCGCUCAGUGGUGGUUGCUUGGAGCCCAGAUGACCUGGCAGACUACUUCAAAAAAUUAAAGUAUAAGGACUGUGAAAAAGUCGUCAGAAAACACAGCAUAAGUGGACAAAGGUUUUUGAACAUGUCUGAAAAUGAUAUUCAGAAAUUUCCCAAACUGAGUGUGCCAAUUCUAAGUAAGUUAAGUCAAGAAAUCAAUAGGAACGAGGGAAGAAUAAGUUUCUUCCCAAAACGGACCCAGACGCAGAAGUUUGCUGACAAUACAGGAUGCUGUCAAGAAGAGGAAGAAGGCUGGUCUUCAUUUGAAGAAGAAGAUGAUUAUGAAAGCCCAGAUGAGGAACAGGAACAAGACGCUGACUAUGAAUCACCAACUGAUGAACCAGGACAUGACAGUGAUGAUUAUGAACCUCCUCCAUCCAACAAUGAUGUAGCACCCCAUAAUGUCAUAUUUCCUGCCAAGUCAAUUCCAAGCAACACUGAGUACAUAGAUAGACCCACAACUGCUAGACCAUCUCCCCAGCCUCCUAUUCCACCACAGCGACCUGGCCCAUCCCCUGUACCAGCAGCAUAUCCGGGUAGAGGCACUCCUAUGUCACCUUACCCUCCUCCAUCAAGCAAUAAUGAUAUGAAUAGAGAUAAAAGUGCCAAGCCUUUAAAACCCCCAGCUCCUUCUAUAGACAGACGUACAAAACCCACACUGGAUCGUCCUGGGCCAACGUUUGAAAGAGACAGCCCAGCAGCAGGGAAAAGGGCAGUGUUUCCUGACAAGCCCAUGGCACCACAACUAAGAUCUCUGGGAGAACAGUUAGCAAAGAUACAAAAGCCUCCCAUACCACCAGCCGAUAAAUAUGAAAGAGGCAAUACAGUCCCUGGAAGGAAGCCACCACCCGUAAAGCAAGGUUGGGCACCAGAAAGAAGAUAUGAUCAGGAAUGAAAACCUACAAUCCCCCAGAGACCAGCACCACAGCUAUCUUUGCCCCCCUUCAGCUCCAACACAUUCCCUUCAAGGUCUGUCAAGCCACCACCUAAACACAGUCCUUCAGGAUCCAACAGUAUGCCUGGAUCAUAUGCAGAAAGUACUAACAGCCUUUCUUCAAGUGGAUCACUACCACCACGCUUUCAGCUAGGUAACAUCAAUAGAGCUCCUUCAAAAGGCCCAGCAGAUGGCAGACCUCCAUUACCAAUUCCUAACAGGCAGAUUGUGCAGCCACCAAGCAUGGAGGAAGACGAGUUUCAAGAUUCACUGAAUGAAGAGUGGUAUGUUGCAGACAUCAGCCGGCAGGAAGCAGAAGCAGCUCUUAGGAAUAUAAAUAAGGACGGGACAUUCUUGGUGAGAGACAGCUCAAGAAAAACUAAUACACAUCCAUACGUACUGAUGGUAUUAUACAAAGAUAAAGUAUAUAAUAUUCAGAUUCGUUACCAGGAGCAAAAUCAAGUUUACUUGUUAGGAACUGGCCUGAAAGGAAAAGAGGAUUUUUCUUCAGUGGCAGAUAUUAUUGAUUACUUUCAAAGAACACCCCUUCUGCUGAUUGAUGGAAAAGACCGAGGUUCAAGAAACCAAUGCAAGUUAACAUAUGCUGCAGGAUCUACUUAGAAGAAAGCUUAAUGUCUGGGAUCAAUGGUCUACAAGAGAAUACAAACCUCAUGAUAUUUCCAUUUGUAUUCAAUGAACUGAAAUUAUGAAUUAAUUUUUUUUAUGUUAAUGAAAAAAUAUAAUUCUCUCAUUUUAAAGUGUGUUUUUAAAAAACAGAUUUGCAAAAUACUUUCUACAAUGUAUUUAUUACUCUACAUUGUUCAUACACUGCCAUGAAAACUCUUCAUGUGAGUGACGUCAUUUUUCAACAUCCAUCUCGCAUGUGAAGUGUUCUCCAUUCCAUAUUAUAGGAUUACAUGUGGUUUACAUAGCAGAGAAUUACGUUGCUUUCUUAUAAAGCAAAACUAUGCAAACUAUUGUUCAUGUCAAGGUUAUGGUACCAAUUACAUUAAGCUGCAAACUGAAAUCAAUUAAUAUCUGUAUAAUGCUUGUACAGUACAGAGUAACUUCUAGUGACUGUUAUCCGUAUUGAAAGAUUGUAUUGUUUACUUUGAUAUAUUUUAUGUAAGUUGAUACAAAAUUAGAAAAAUCUUGUGUAAAUUGAGUCAAUAAAAAUGCCAUAUGUCACAGUCCA